AUGACGGACUACGAGACGCGUCGAUUAGAGAAUAUCAAGCGUAACCAAGCCUUGAUCAAACAGCUUGGGAUCAACAAUGUCAAGCAGGAGACCUCGACAAGCAAGAGACCUCCGCCAAAGAAGCGCAAGCUCUCACCUUCGGCCGCACGACCAACACGCGUCUCGGCGCGUAUAGCUUCUACAGACCGUCCCAUCUACAACGAUGAACCCUCGAUCAUCAACGACACAUCUAAGUCGGCACGAAGAGGUGGAGCAAAGAAAGUUCAGAGCGUAGUAGCGGAUGCUGUCAAGGUCAAAGCCCAGUCUCCUCCACCAGAUCUCGAAGACAUACGAAAAGGAUGGUCGUCCUGGGAAUCAGUUGCGCCCCCACCGACACGGGAUGAGGAUGGCACUUUUCACUUCGAGGGGCACCCAACCUUCCUCCCGAACAAGUCACCAGCUGAGAUGCUCGCAGAGGGUGCCUUCGGAGGCUCCUACUAUCGGCCGCUGUACUCCAAGAGCCUACGCACUACAAUAGAAGACGACUGGAAAGAACUUCCUGCUGAAUGGCUACAGGAUUUGAGCGUUGAAAAACACCUCACCAGCCCAAAUUAUGAUCCUGAGAUCAAUAAGUUCAGGGUCAAGUGCGGACAAAGCAUAGAAGAGUGGGAAGCGGCAGGCUGGAUAAAUCAUGCCUACGAUGUACGAGGCUGGUUCCAGUGGUACACCCGAUUCUGGCUGGGCCGUCGAUGCGAUGACGAUGACAGGCAAAUCGGCAGAUGGGAGCGCUGCGUUGGUGAGAGAGGGCGUUGGCGAAGAAUGCUCUUGAAAAAGUAUUUGCAAGCUGGAGUAAAGACGGUUGCGGAUGAAGGGGUAGACGAGGAAGAGGUUUCGCCCGUCAUGCACCAAACUUGUCAUCAAUGGGCAUGGGAGGUUCGACAACAGCCACUCGACGAAGCAUGGGCUGGUCACCUGUGA